AGGAAACCCGAGAAAAUGGCAAGAACCAAGCAGACGGCUCGUAAAUCCACCGGAGGCAAAGCCCCGAGAAAGCAGCUCGCCACCAAAGCCGCCCGUAAGAGCGCUCCAGCCACCGGCGGCGUCAAGAAGCCUCACCGCUACAGGCCCGGCACCGUGGCUCUGCGAGAGAUCCGUCGCUACCAGAAGUCCACCGAGCUGCUGAUCCGCAAGCUGCCCUUCCAGCGUCUGGUGCGAGAGAUCGCUCAGGACUUCAAGACGGACCUGCGCUUCCAGAGCUCCGCCGUCAUGGCCCUGCAGGAGGCCAGCGAGGCUUAUCUGGUCGGUCUGUUCGAGGACACCAACCUGUGCGCCAUCCACGCCAAGAGAGUCACCAUCAUGCCCAAAGACAUCCAGCUGGCCCGCCGCAUCCGCGGAGAGCGCGCUUAAACUCAACGCUGUUUUACACCGUAAACAAC